AUGAUCUCCGACGACGACCUUUACCGCCUCGCCAUCUUCCUUGGCUCCUGCGCCAUGAUGAUGAUCGUUCUAUACCACUUCCUCGACGUCAAUGCCACCGAGGACGAGCCUACCGAUGCCGUGAACCAGAAGACUGAGAACUCUGCGCCGCUGGCGUCCGCAGACACUGCAUGA